AUGGAUCCUAUCGUUUUUAAAAGAAAGAGGAAAAAUGAAGUGAAAUGUGCAGACACUCGUUCAAGUUCAGCUGCUGCACCUGGAAAUGUGAAUAGUGACCAUGUUGAGAGAAAUACUGACUGUAAUCUGCAAACUUCAACCUCGUUUGAGCCACAUUUCAAAAAGAAAAAGGUAAGUGCAAGACGUUAUAAUGAAGAUUAUUUAAAAUACGGUUUUAUCAAAUGUGAAAAACCCUUUGAAAAUGACAGACCUCAGUGUGUUAUUUGUAAUAAUAUUCUUGCAAAUGAGAGCUUAAAACCUUCUAAAUUAAGAAAGCACUUAGAAACUCAGCAUGCUGAACUUACUGAUAAGCCUCUUGAGUAUUUUCAAAGAAAGAAAAAGGAUGUAAAGUUGUCUACACGAUUUCUCGGUUGUCCUACAGCUGUUAGCGAGAAAGCCUUAUUAUCGUCGUAUUUGGUUGCAUAUCGAGUGGCGAAAGAGAAAAUGGCUCACACGGCUGCUGAAAAAAUAAUUCUUCCAGCGUGUUUGGAUAUGGUGCGUACAAUUUUUGAUGACAAAUCAGCUGAUAAAUUAAAAACGAUAUCUAGUGAUGACAUAAUAUCUCUUCGAAUGUGCACUAUUGCGGAACACUUAGAAACAAUGCUUCUUACCCGGUUGCAGACUGGUAUAGACUUUGCGAUCCAGCUCGAUGACAGCACCGAUCUGGGGAGCGGCACAACACUCUUAGUUUAUGUCAGAUACGCGUGGCAAGAAGAUUUCAUGGAGGACUUUUUGUGUUGUUUAAAUAUAACCUCACACCUAAGCGGGUUAGAUAUUUUUACAGAAUUAGAAAAGUGCAUUGUUGGCCGAUAUAAAUUAAACUGGAAGAACUGCAAAGGGAUUACAAGUGACGGAGCAGCAAGCAUAACCGGAAGACACAGCAGAGUAAUUAAAAAAUUGCUAGAAGUUACUAACAAUGGCGCCGUGUGGAAUCACUGUUUUAUACAUCGUGAAGCUUUAGCAUCCAGAGAAAUCCCACAGAAUCUCUUGGAAGUACUGAAAAACGCAGUGAAAGUUGUUAACUUCAUUAAAGGCAGUCCACUAAAUAACCAGCUUCUUGAAACAUUUUGUUCAGAGAUUGGAGCUAAUCGUACCCACUUACUAUACCAUACCAAAGUUCGUUGGUUGUCUCAUGGCAAAAUACUAAGCAGGGUUUACGAACUCAGGAACGAGAUCCACCUUUUUCUUACUGAAAAAAAAUCUCAUUUGGCAAGUAUUUUGGAAGAUGACAUUUGGGUGACGAAAUUGGCAUAUUUAACAGAUAUUUUUGGCAUUCUUAACGAACUGAGUUUAAAACUACAGGGGGAAAAUAGCAAUAUAUUCCAACAGGUCGAACGCAUCCAGGGAUUCCAAAAGACACUAUUGUUAUGGCAAGCGAGGCUUAAAAGCAGCCGUCCGAGCUACUACAUGUUUCCGAGAUUUUUGCAGCAUAUCGAAGAGAACGUUAUUAGUGAAAACCUUUUGAAAGAAAUAAAAUUAGAGAUAUUGGUGCAUCUCACUUCUCUGUCUCAAACUUUUAACCAUUUCUUUCCAGAAGAGAAGUUUGAAACGUUAAGAGAAAACAGCUGGGUGAAAGAUCCCUUUGCUUUUCGAAACCCGGAAUCGGUAAUUGAGUUAAACUUGGUGCCUGAAGAAGAGAGUGAAUUACUGCAGCUCAGUUCCUCAUACACAUUGAAGACUGACUACGAAGCAUUAACAUUAUCGGCAUUUUGGAUUAAGGUAAAGGAAGACUUCCCUCUGCUAAGCAGAAAGAGUGUCCCGCUUCUGUUACCAUUCACGACAACCAGUUUGUGCGAGCGUGGGUUUUCAGUCCUGACCCAGUUAAAAGCAAAGGAAAGAAACGGGUCGAAAGGUGCAGCAGAUAUGCGGGUGGCACUGUCCUCCUGUGUUCCCGACUGGAGCGAACUUCUCAGCAGGCAAGCGCACCCGUCACCUUGA